AUGUCGUUCGGGGGUGGUGGCUCGGGGUUUUCCUUCGGAGCAAGUAAUAAUCAGCCUUCGACCUUCGGUGGGUUUGGCAAUAGUAGCAACAACAAUACCAGCACGUUCGGUGCUACAAGCAAUAGCGGCGGUUUCGGCAACAACACCACAUCCUCGAACCCUUUCGGUGGGGGAGCCACUGGAAGCGGUGGAAACACAUUCGGUGCCAAUACUGGAGGCUUCGGAACCUCCUCUAAUACAGGCGGUGGCCUCUUCGGCAACAAGACCGGCGGCACAGGACUCUUCGGCUCGACCACGAAUACCGCAUCAGGAGGUGGCUUAUUUGGUAACACCCCUACCAAUACCAACACAUCUACUGGCUUCGGAAGCUCGACAGGUGGCUUCGGCACCAGCACUAACAACAAUGCUUUCGGGAGUAACAGCAACACUGGCUUCGGCGGUUUUGGCAAUACCGCCAACAAGCCCGCUUUCGGUUCCAGCUCUAGCGGAGGUACCACACUGUUUGGUCAAGGUGGCUCAGGGACAACCGGCGGCUUUGGCUCGAGUGGCAAUGCUUUCGGAGGAUCAGGUACUGCGCUAGGCCAGAACGUCCCGCCUUCGCAGGGCACCGCCGUCGUGCCUUUUGCGCCUACCACAGAGAAGGACCCACAGGGCACGACGCAGAACUUUCAGAGCAUCAACUUCAUGGAGCCCUACCAGAAGUACUCCUUUGAAGAGCUGAGAUUGGCUGAUUAUAAUGCUGGACGCCGCUUCGGCAACGGAACUGGCCAACCUGCGGGUGGCUUCGGUACUUCAAGCACGUUCGGAGGCUUCGGUGCCAACAACACCUCGACCGGCGGCUUUGGAUCAAACACGCAGACGAACAACCCCUUUGGCUCGAACACAGCGAGCACGGGAGGUUUCGGAAGCAAUUCGUCCUCGACUUUGGGGACCGGAGGGCUCUUUGGUCAGAACAAGCCUGCUGGCGGCGGGCUUUUUGGUCAGCAGCAAUCGUCAGGCACUUCAACUGGCGGACUGUUCGGAACAGCAAACAACAACACGUCCUCUAAUCCGUUCAGCGCCAAUACAACCUCGACCGGAUUCGGGUCAAAUACUGGCGGCGGGGGCCUCUUCGGAAGCAACAGUACCCAGCAGCAGACCAAGCCUGGUGGCCUGUUUGGAAACACCAGUACCACUACAAGCACACCUGGGUUCAGCUUUGGAAACAACAAUAACCAGCAACAGAGCGGUAGCACGGGAGGUGGAUUAUUCGGCAACAACCAGCAAUCUUCAGGUGGAGGGCUGUUUGGCAACAACAAUACUGCCAACCAGCAACAGAAGCCGGCAGGAGGUCUUUUUGGCAGCUCUACCGGCGGUGGGUUUGGCAACAAUUCGACAGCUCAAACAUCGGGAGGCCUGUUCGGGACCUCGUCCAAUACUGGCGGCGGGCUUUUUGGGAACAAUAAUGCCAGCACCACUGGCACCACUGGCGGGGUAUUCGGCAAUACGCAGUCGAACAGCACUGGCGGUGGUGGCCUCUUUGGCAACAGCGCUGCAAACAACCAGAGCAAGCCCGGUGGUCUCUUCGGCAACAGCACCUUUGGCAACAAUCAGCAGCAGGGCGGAGGGCUCUUUGGGAAUAACAACCAGCAGCCAUCCACCGGCAGCGGCUUGUUCAACACCAAUAACAACACCAACAACAAUGCUGCUGGGGGGUUCAGCUUUGGAGGCAGCCAGAACAAGCCAGCUGGCGGGUCCAUGUUUGGUAACCUGUCCACUAACAACACUCAAGGUGGUGGCUUGUUCAACACAUCGACCGGCGGCAACAGUAUGUUCGGCAACUCUAUGGGCCAAACUCAGCAAGCCCAGCAACAAUCUGAUGUGAAGCAUGCAUCCCUACUUGACACCAACCCUUACGGGCAGUCCUCGAUCUGGACUGGCUUGCCCGCUCCAACUGAGCAGAACUCCCAGCCUCUCGUGACUGUUUUGACUGCUACUCAAAAAUUGAAGGAAAGCCAGUCGAAGCCGCCACCGAACCUUCGCUUGAACCAGUCUCGGUACAUGACUCCUCCGCGACGGGGAGGCUAUGGGUUCACAUACUCCACUUACGGUACUCCCAAUAGCGCCGCAAGUACACCUGGUGGUAACAGCUUGAGCACCAGCAUGUACGGCAGUCGUUUCACUGGCGGAAGUUUUGGUCGUUCGCUGGGCAAGUCAGCAUCUAUCAGCAACAUGCGCUCAUACUACAGCGAUGGUGAAAGUGUCUUGGCCCCAGGCGCUUUUACCCCAAGCUCAUCUCGCUACUCGAGUGGUAGUAUCCGUCGACUUACCAUUGAUCGUUCCAUUCGAGACGAUCUCUUCAGCCGGCCCGCUCUGCCUGCUCCAAGUGCUUCUGUUCAACCUAGCCCAACCUCGAAAGUCACCAAUGGGACCAACAGUUCUCAUGUGCCAGAGGUCACUCAAGAGGCUGUGGGUUCUAAGUUGAAGAAGCGAGUCAGCUUCGACAAAGAGACUACCGGAGGAGAGAACGGCGAGCUCAAUGGCAACACCGGUGCUGUUAUUCCUGUUGACGAUGACGCCGCCACGGUCUCGCCAAAUGGCACCAUCUCUCCGGUCGAGCAAGCGCCUAACAACGGUCUAACCACGGUUCCAGAAGACCGUGAAUCUGAACAUGCUCCUGCGCCAAGGGCAACCAAGGACAAGACUGAUCCCCAGCCAGGUGAAUACUGGAUGAAGCCAACCAUGGUGGAGAUUGCCAGGAUGUCACGCGAUCAGGCUGCCAACUACAAAGGUCUGCAGGUUGGGCGAACGGGGUGCGGCUACGUCACCUUCGAUGGCGCCGUUGACCUCAAGAGCCUCCCCCCCCAAGAUGAAUUGUUUGACACCAUCAUCAACAUUGGCGUGCGCUCAAUCACGGUUUACCCUGAAUCUUCCACCAAACCUCCUCGUGGAAAGGGUCUUAACGUGCCUUCCACCCUUCGCAUUGAGAAUUCAUGGCCUCGCGCUCGGGGCAAGCCUGAGGCCUUGGCCAGUGGUCCAGCAUUCGACAAGCAUAUCAAGCGGUUGAAGAAUAUCCAUAACACGGAGUUUGUUAGCUACGAUAUCAACACUGGUGUGUGGGUUUUCAAGGUCCAGCACUACACCCGAUAUGGUCUGGAUUAUGAUGAUGAUGACGAAGAUGAUUUCCAAAGCAGCCAGCUCUCUGCGCCACCUGAGAGCAUCAAGGCUCCAGGGUCAUCUGUCAUGGAGAUUGACAGUGACUACACGAGCGAAUUUGGCGAAGAUGACACUUUCCAGGGCAAACAAUUGAUGACUGUCCCGGGAGGGUUCGGCAAGCGAAGUGCGAUCGACGAUGUUGAUGAAUCGAUUGUUAGAAGCAUCGAGCACGACAGUCCAGGUUCUGAGCAAUCCACUUUCUCUGAAGACGAUGACUCUGACGACGAAGUCACCGGUAUGGCCGGUGCCUAUCCUGCUCCGAGCGGCCUUGACCUCGAGAGUCCAAACAAGCCUGAGCUCAUACCUGGCACUCCCGGUCGGCCGCUGCUGGAUAUUGAUCUCGACGGCGACUGGGCUGAGCAACUCCAGCGCACCAUCAGCCCGAGAAAGCAAAAUCGUGACGCUCUGAGGGAAGUCCAGAGCAAGGUGUUACUCGAUCGAGAGUUUUCGCCCAUGAAACCUGGAACAAUCGGCAAAAAGGGAUUCAGAACGAGCAUUGAUGUGAUGAACGCGAUUUUUGACAAGCGUGGGACGCAGACGGGAUCCACAGGAUUUGAGUUUCCCUAUGCCAAACGCGCAAAGACCUUCGAUCCUAACGACCACGAUAUGACCGAUGCCGACAAGUCAUGGCACGCCAGUUUCAAGCCCAGCUUCACACCUGUGGGGAAGCUGAUUUUGAAGUCAAACUCUGCUGCUUCGGGUAACGAACUGUGGAAAGGAGUGCCCAUUGCACGAAGCCACAACCGGACAAUCACUGCCAUGGGUCUGAAACCUCAAGAGCCUCUCAACAUUGUUGAUCUGAUGGAGCACGCUUCCAUCGAACUCACGGAGAACGGCGUUCCAGAGAUCAGCUAUACACCUCUUCCGUUCAAUGUCUACGCUACCUCACUCUCACCUGCCGCAUCUGCCAACGAAGUCCAACUCUAUGAGCUCCUCCACGUGCUGUUCGACAACUUUGAAGAUUCGCACAACGCCGGUCUCGAUGAAAUUCAGCGCGAGGACUUUGCCGACCGCAUCCGCAAGGAACGCCUCUCGUCAUUCCUUUCUGCCGCGAUAAGUCAAGUUGAUACCGCCGAUCUCACUGUGCUUGAGCAGCGAAAUCCUUUAGAAGCCGCCCUCCGCCACUUGGCCCGUGGCGAUGCCGACAAAUCCUCGGACGUUCUCUACAAGUCCCGCAACCCAACUCUUGCCCUUCUUGUUGCACAGGGUCCCAAUGUCGAUCAGGCAUUCCAGGCCAGCAUCACAGAGCAGAUCUCGAAUUGGCGCGAACAGUCCGCCUUGAGUGAAAUGGACCUCAAUGUUCGAGCUCUCUACGAGCUGCUCGCUGGCAACACGACCGUUUCUCGCGGCAUUGACAGCACCGUCGAGCAUAAAGCCGUCACUUUCAGCAUCUCUUCCCUUCUCGGUCUUAAUUGGCUCAACAUGUUCGCCCUCAGCCUCUGGUUUGGUCCACUCAAGACUUCGCCCGUCUCGGAUAUCAUUGCCGACUUCGCAUCCCAGCUAUCCUCUGGCGCGGAGAGCGCAAGCCCCUUGGGUCCCACCGGUGCUGAAGAUCCUCUCUGGGUGGUCCUCAAGCUGUAUGCGUCAGUGUAUGGCAAUGCCCGGUGCCCAACGUUCCCCCAAGCACUCUCGGCACUCUCCACACUAGGCACGUUCAAUUCCCUCGCACUCUUUCGCGCCUAUAACAUCAUCACCUCCGCUCUCCCAGUCGACAUCCAAAUCGACGUGGACGACGACGUGGCAAAUCAACUCGCUUCCGACCUCUCCUUCGAACUCGAAGCCAAGGCUGACGUCCCCGCCGCUCUAUUGGCGCUCUUGCACCUCACCAGCUCCGAAAGCCGUGCCACCGCCGUUGUAGAGCUACUCCUGCGCAACGCUGCGCGUCUACCGCUGCCCCCGACUCAGGGCGAAGCCGCAAGCGCAGAGUGGAGUCUUCUCACGCAGCACCUUGCCGUGCCUCCAGAAUGGCUUUACCAGGCGCUCGCCCAGCUCCGUCGUGCGGAGGGUGACGCCGAAGAGGAACUGCGUUUCCUUAUACUGGCGGACGAGCGUGAGCAGGCGCACGAGUGCUUGGUGCAGCGUGUCGCGCCCGUGCAUGUCGUGGAUGAGGAUUGGGAGGGCUUGAAGACCGCGCUGGCGCUCUUCGCAAAAGGUAGCGCGCCGGAUGGGUGGCGUGACGGCGGGGCGGUGUUUGAGGAUUUCUUGGCGCUGGUGACGGGGAUGGCGAAGACUGAUGAGGAGAAGGCGCAGGUGUUGCGCAGAUUGACGCACAGCCUGGCGGCUAUGGAUAGGGAGUUGGGCGGUGGGAGAAGCGGAAGUGAUGAAGGCGUGGAGGACGUGCGCAGACGGGUCAGCGUGAGGGAGAUGACUCGUGUGGUGGCUGCGGAGGGGACGGUAGAGGUCAAAGAGCUGUUGGACCUGCCGAUCACGCGUGAGGUCAAGGGCCAGCUGGGAAGUAUGCUGGCUGGCGAGUAUUAUCGGAAAGUCAUGGCGGGAAGGGGAUAG